AUGCGCGCCGGCCAACUGAAAAGUGAAUGGCUCAGAGCUGAAGAGAUAGUGCAGCACGUGGAACUUGGUGAUCUUCUUGAAUUUAGAAGAGUACUAAAUAUAGCAGGCGUACCAGCAAACUACAUACUAAAUAUAGCAGGCGUACCAACAAACUACAAGGAUUUCCAGCACUGGGCAGUGUACAUAGGGCGCCACGAGGGUCUGCCUUUUGUCAUACACCUCUCUGGUAGCGAAGGAGAUUCCGGCAGGACAGGCUCAAGCAAAUUCGAUUCUUUCAGCAGCGGACCAGCAGAGGCCAAAGCCGAGGUGCGUCGUGAUCCACUAAUGGCAGUGUCCGGUAAAGAUCGGGUACGGAUCAACAACGCGUUUGAUGCUUACCGUCAACCGUUCCCUCCGAAAAGAGUUGUAGAGCGAGCUACACAAGAGGUAUAG